GUCGUGUAUGAGAAUGUUUGCGAUACCCUCAUGCCGCUGUCUAUCUUAACCUAAACACAGUGCAAGGCUCAAUGUGACAAGUCGGUUGUUUUCAUGUUUUCUCUUUUGUAGACUUCACAUACUUUUCCUCCUUUUCCAUUUGGUUGCUAUCGGUCAUGUCUCGUUACUCUGAGCGACGGAAGGCCCUUGAAUCCAGCAUUGACCACAUGAAUAAUGACAACAACAAGGGGAAGAGAGAUGUCAGCAAACGAGCCGUCAAUCAGCACCUUACCAUUGAGGGCGACAAGGAGAGGUUCAAGGAGCUACUGCGCAGACGGUUGACAGAAUGCGGUUGGAGGGAGGAAAUCAGAGUUCUUUGCCGAGACACAAUCAAGGAGCGAGGGUUAAAUAAUGUUACUGUGGAUGAAAUAGUGGAGGAGGUUACACCUAAAGGCCGAGCCCUUGUACCAGACACUGUAAAGAAGGAAUUGCUCCAAAAAAUUAAGUCUUACUUAUAUGAUAAGGCAAAUAAGUAAUCUCCUUGUGAUUUUUGCACUGCCGCAACACCCUGCAAACUUCUGAGUUCGAGACUGACAAUGCUUCUUUGGACAGCAAAGCAAAGUGCUCAAUGUGGAAGGUGCACAUCGCACUAGCAUUUAAUUUCACCCUUCUCUGAUUAAAAUGUGAGGGUGUCAAUUGUUAUACUUUGGAACAAUCUCUUUAAGUUAAGGUAGUUGAUUCCAAAUAUUCAACUCCUGGUUGUGUGUUGAUCCUGCAGUCUGUUUAAACUCAACUAAUGUGUGCAAGUGUUAGUGUACAUAUUGUAAUUAUUAUAUCAUUGUUGGGUAGGGGCAAAAGAUAGUCCUUGAAAGACUUAUUCAUAUGAACUGCUCAGAUAAAUAUUUAAAUUGCCAGUGAAAUUUUGAAUUAAUUGUGUGAAAUUCAAAGGCUUAAUUUACCAGUA